UUGUCGGUGCUCUGGGCAAAGCACCAUUUAUUAUCUGGGUCGUGUUGAGCUGCACUAGUAAUUAUUCCUUUCAACCAAAGCAAGCACCAAAUGGUUUACACUAUGAAUGCUAAGGAAGAACACAAAAAGGAUUUGAAUUCAAAUAGUUGGCAAGGCAGGAGAAAUCAUCUAAGCUGAAAAUGUUUCCUAAAAAUUCCCUGAGUUAUUCGGAGUAACUAGGGUUGUUCGGCUGCUUCUUAGCAAAUGCACACACUGUCUGCCUUGGUUCCCUGGCAUGUGGUUUAACUCAUGGCUCUUGGGUCAAACUUGCUCCGUAUGAUGUUUUCAUUCAGCUCAUUGCCUUUUCUCAAAGGAGAGGUUGUUGGGCCAUCGUGCCCCAUCUCAACAGCUGAAAGCUUACUUGUGUGCCUGCACACGGACAGCAUUUCAGAGCCCCGGCUGCCUCAUGCCUGCAGCAAGGCGAGCCGAGGGGGCUGGAGGCACACAUCUUCCUCCGGGAGCAUGAGACCCCCCUUGGGCUGGGAGCGCUGUGUGUGCCCUGCAAGAGGAGUCCCAGGCCAGGGUUUGCUCCGCUCUGGGUAAUGAUUUAGACCAACCCAAGAAAUCUGUCUGUGCAGAUUCAAGUGUAAGAAAAAUAGCAGGUCUUUGGCAGAAGCAGUUCAGUAAAGCAAGCAGAGCAGUCAGCUUGGGUAAACUGAAUUACAAUUAAGUCCACCGACACCUGGAGCUUGGUGACGUGAGCCUGUGUAGCCCCGCCAGGUUUGCACAGCCCUAACACAAAGGUCACAACCGUACCUCUUUUCAAGACUCCUGGGCAUUUUCCAGAUAUGCAGUGCCAUAAAUUCGGGAGAAAAAGGAGACUUUGUUACAGGGAGCUGUUGCUGAAACAGGGAAGGAAAUGGAGGGCAAGGAACUUGGAAGUGCAGCUCAGUUCAUUGCUGUAUCUGUCUGCAGCACCUGGCCUCUGACCCCCUAGAUGUGCAGUCCCACACUCAGUCCCUUUUCUCCCAUCUCUGGUACUUGCACCGAAGGGAAGAAGACCCCACAUUACGAAUAUUCUCCUGAUGAAGAGCACAGAUCCAGCCUGCAGCAGUGACCUCAGCUGAGAAGUUCGUUUUGGCGUGAGGAACCACUGCUGGACCUGUGCGGUGGGGCUGUGUGCAAGUAGAUACUGAUGCCCAUUUGCCUUGGUGGGCAGUGGCAGCCUCUGGAGUUCUCGUGUGACCCACAACAGCCCCAUCCCGGUAACAAGCUGAAGGAGCUGCCUGCUACCAUGAGCGGCUUGCGGAGUUUGCGCACUCUGGAUAUCAGUGAGAACAUGCUGCAAGAGCUGCCACGGGUGCUGGCUCACAUCCGCACACUGGAGACGCUGACCUUGGAUGCUUCUUCCAUGACCUACCCAUCACCUGAUAUUUGCAGUGCAGGUACAGAGUCCAUUCAGCAGUUCCUCUGCAAAGAAUGUGGAAUUGCAUACUACCCUCCCUCGCAGUAUCUACUCCCCACGCUGGAGAGUGAUGGAGGAGGAACAUCAGUGGAUGGGGUGGACAGGGCAGUGCAUAAGUACUUGGAGGAGGCGAGCGAGUGGCAGAACAAAUUCUUGGAUUAUGAGAAGAGGAAGGAAAAAAAAAUGCAAGAGAAGCUGGAAUUUGAACGGCGCCUGAACAUGGGGCAAAGAGAACAUGCUCUGCUUGUUCAGCAGAUCAACAGUCAGAAGGAUGAGAUACUGCAGACAGUGAGAGAAGACCAGAUGAAGCUGGAGGAGGGUCUGACGAAGCACCAGCGCUAUUUGGAGCAGGAGCGCCUGAAGCUGCUGCAGCAGUUGAAGCAAGCGGAGCAAGGCAUUGCCAGCCGUAUCCAGAAGCUGCUAGAGGACAACCAGAGGCAAAAACAAAGUUCAGACAUUCUGAAAUCCUUGGAGAAUGAGAGAAUAAGGAUGGAACAGCUGAUGGCAAUAACACAGGAGGAGACGGAGCAUCUACGCAGAAAGGAAGUGGCCUCUGCCAUGCAACAAAUGCUGGCUGAGAGCUACAAGAACAAGCUCAUCCAAAUGACCUACGAGUCUCGUCGGCAAGACCUUGUCAACCAGGCCUGCUCCAGCCUAGCUGAGAUGGACCAGAAGUUCCAGCAAAUCCUGGCUUGGCAACAGCUGGAUCAGAACAAAGCCGUUAGUCAGAUCUUGCAGCAGAUUGAGAUGCAGAAAGCUGCCUUUGAAGCUCUCCAGGUGAAGAAGGAUCUUAUGCACAGGCAGAUCAGGAACCAGAUUAAAUUAAUAGAAACAGAGUUAUUGCAGCUGACACAGCUGGAGUUAAAGAGGCAAGAACUGGACACAGAGACGCUGCAGGGGACGAUCACAGAGCAACGCCAAGCACUCGGCUACCUGCUGCAGCAGCUGCUCAAAGAAAAGAAGCAAAGGGAAGAAGAACUGCGACAAAUACUGCUGGAAAUGGAGGCAAAGAGCGAAACAAAACAGGAGAACUACUGGCUGAUCCAGUACCAGCGCCUGCUGAACCAGAAGCCCCUCUCCCUCAAACUCCAGGAAGAGGGCUUGGAGCAGCAGCUGGUGAACCUUUUAAUCGAGCUGUCUGCUGAACAGUACGUGCCAGUCUUUGCAUACCACCGAAUAUCCUUGCAAGCACUCAGCACCAUGACUGCCAGUGACCUGGAAAAGAUCGGCGUGACGGAGACUGGCCUGCAGCGUGCCAUCCUCAAGCGAGCUCAGGAUAUCCUGGCUGUGGCCAAGAUGAUCCCAGAGCUGCUGAGGACGGUGGAUGCUGAGGUCCUUGCGGCUCCAGAACCCAGCACUCCCUUUGAGGAGCCUCCGAGCCCUAUGGUCCUGAUGGCUCCCCCGCUGCAGUGGGAGGAGAAGAAGUCGGAGUGCGUUGUCUGCAUGGAGCAGGAGACCCAGAUGAUUUUCCUGCCCUGUGGCCAUGUCUGCUGCUGCCAGACCUGCUGUGAGCAGCUGCACACUUGCCCGCUGUGCCGCAAGGACAUCACACAGCGCAUCCGCAUCUUCCACAGCAGCUAGAGAGGGUGGAGGAAGGUGAGGCUGCCCGGCACUGCCUCUGUCACCCCCUCCUGGGGUGAUGCCCCUCUCCUACUCUGUGUCAGUAUUAAACAGACACUUGCACAGCAUGACCAGCACUGCUCUCCCCGUGCACGGCCCCGGGCUGGCUGCCAGCUGCACCCAGGAGUCUCAGCAUCUGCCAUGUUCCCCGAUGGCUUCUCAGCCUCUGCCUUGGGUUCCCUCUUCAUCUGCAUCCCCUCCUCCUGCCCACCCAGCAUCCUCUUGCCUGGGAGCAUUGGGUGAUGGAACUGGGUGCACCUGUGGCCCCUCCUCUCUGGGUAAUGCAUUUGCCUUCAGAAAUGCCCCUCACUCAGCAGGGACACAGUUAAUGCCAUCUCUGAAGCCACCGUGACCUUGCAGCUCCCCUGCUGUGGCCGGGGCACUGCUAUGCUCCUGCAUCGAGACCUGUUGCCCAGAGGUGGGUGAAUCUCCUGUGGGAGGACUCAGCCAGGGGCUUGCGAUGCUCUGGGGUGCUGACAGUGCCUUGCACCUAUGUCAUGCCAAAGGUCUGGGGCUUCUGUUGUGGAGAUCCACAGGAGUGUGUUUGGGGCUGCAGCCAUGGGCAGCAGGUGCCAGAGCAGAGUGAGGAGCUCCCCGACCCCAAAUUUGUGCUGGUGGUGUAGGGGAGAGGCUGCAACGGCCCCAGCUCCGGGACUCGAGGGACUUGCUCAGGCCAGAGGAGCCCAGUGGGAUCUCUCAUCCAAAAAACACAUGCUGGGAGCAGAAAGUGUUGCUGCCACCUGACAGCCAGCACAAGUCCAGCAGUGAGCGGGUGGGCUGGGGCUACGCGCGGUGCAGCUCUGCAUUGCCUCUGUGCAUUGGCACGCGGGUAGUUCUCCAUUGACAUUAAUAAGUAACCAUCCCAGUGGUCUUUUGUCUCUUGACCUUGAAGUAUAAAAUGCAGAGAUAAGCCUGGUCCCACCACAGCCCUCCCCCCAGGAAAAGCUAAUAAAAAGCAGCUGGUUUCUGCUGGUGGUU